GGGGGGAACAUGUGAGGCCAAGUGGUGGGACAGCGGAGUUUUCUCGCGGUGUCUCUCGGGCCACUUUGUUUUAUUUUGUUUUGUAACCACCAUGAUCUGCCGCAUCUUGAUGCUCGGGUUGUUUUCGUGCGCCCUGGGCAGACAUCUCCAGGAGGGAACGGGCUCGCCCCGCGCCAGGAGGCAGCCCGGGGAUGCUGAGGGGCGACAUAGCCCGGAGAGGAGGGAGCUGACGAGGAGCAGCGCAGGAGUGAAUGAAGAGACGUGCACGGCUCUGCGCGGAGUGGAGUCAGCGCUGCAGAACAGCACCAGCACCUUCACUUUCAAAGUGCGAUCAAUGGGUUCACUCUCGCUCGCCUGGGUGGGAGACAGAUCAGGGGUGGUCCUGAUGCUGACAACGUUCCAGGUGCCGUUGUUCCUGAUGCGAUUCGGCCAGUCCAGCCUCUACAGGAGUGAAGACUACGGGAAGACCUUCCAAGACGUGACUCACCUGAUCAACCACACUUUUAUCCAGUCGGAGUUCGGCAUCGCCAUCAGUCCGGAUCAUUCGGGCAAGGUGAUCCUGACUGCCGACGUGUCUGGGUUUGGCGGGUUUCGGCUUUUUCGCUCGCGGGACUUUGGUCGGACCUUUGAACCGACGGACCUGCCGUUUGAGCCUCUUAUUCAGAUGCUGUACAACCCCGGGGACUGCAACACACUCCUGACGCUCAGUCUCACGUUGGACCUGUGGCUGUCUGAGGACUUUGGCGCCACCUGGAGGAAAAUACACAACAGUGUGUGUUUAGUCAGAUGGGGUCCAAGAAACAGCAUCUACUUUACCACCAACAACAACGGCUCAUGCAAUGACAAAGGGAUGCUAGAUUUAAAGAAGACAGUCGACUACGGCAAAACCAUUCACACAGUUGCAUCCAGAGUUUACUCUUUUGUCUUGGGAGGGAAAUUUCUGUUUUCCUCCAUCAUGACCGGAACGGGCUCGGAGCGUGUGGUCCACGUCUCGGUAGACGGAGGGGAGCACUGGAACAUUGCUCAGCUUCCUGCCGUCAACCAUCAGCAGUUUUACUACAUCCUCACAGCCAAUCAGGACAUGAUCUUCAUUCACGUGGAUGACCCCGGAGAUACCGGCGUCGGAACCAUCUACGUGUCGGACGACAGAGGAACCGUGUUCUCCAAGUCGCUGGCGCGCCAUCUCUACACAACCACGGGAAGUGACACGGACUUCACCGCCAUCUCUUCCCUGAGGGGCGUCUACAUGACCAGCAUACUCACAGAGGAUGGUACUGUAGAGACGGUGAUCACCUAUGACCAAGGAGCCAAGUGGCAGCCCCUGCGCAGACCCCAGAACAGCGACUGCGACGCUGCGACCUCCACCAACAGACCCAACCGAUGCAAGCUUCACAUAUAUGCGUCGUACAGCACCGCCAUGAAGAUGAACGUCCCCGUGCUGCCGCUGUCGCAGCCCAACGCGGUGGGUCUCAUCCUGGCUCACGGCAGCGUUGGAGACUCGGAGUCGGCUCUUGCUCCCGACGUGUACGUGUCUGAUGACGGGGGCUACUCGUGGCUGCUGGCUCUGAGGGGACCCCAUCAUUAUGCGAUUCUGGACUCUGGAGGACUGCUGGUUGCUGUGGAGCACACCAACUCGCCUAUUAACCAGAUAAAGUUUUCCACAGAUGAAGGGCAAUGCUGGCAUUUGUAUAACUUCACCAGCGACCCUCUUUACUUCAUCGCCAUGGACAGCGAGCCUGGCUCUCGCUCCAUGAACGUCAGCCUGUGGGGGAACAGGAACGACCACACUAAGUGGGUGGUGAUCACCGUAGACUUCAGGAAGCUCCUCACCAGAGACUGCAAUGAAGGGGACUAUCAAGAGUGGCUGGCCCACUCUGCAGACCCCAGCGGAUUGAACGAUGGCUGCGCGAUGGGCUACAAAGAGACCUUUUUACGCCUGAGGAAAGAUUCAAUGUGCUGGAAUGGAAGAGACUUCGCGAUCACCAAGAAGCAGUCGCCCUGUCCAUGCUCAGUGGCAGAUUAUCACUGUGACUUUGGUUACUACCGGCCUGAGAACAGCUCCGAGUGUGUGGAGCAGGAGGAGAUGACGGGCCGUCCUCUUGAGUUCUGUUUGAACGGGACCACUGAACAGCUGCAGACCAGUGGUUACCGGAAGAUUCCUGGGAACCAGUGCGAGGGAGGUUUCCAGCCGGAGAGAAAGGAGACUGACUUGAGGAGGUUGUGCAUCAGCGACGCCCAUCAUCCCAACCCUCUGACUGAGAAAGAUUCACCUAAGACGGCUGUCAUAGUGAUGGUUGUCAUGGCGAUCCUUCUGAUGAGUGCCUUGGCAGGCGUCUGGCUGGUGAAGAAGUACGUCUGUGGAGGACGGUUCCUCGUGCACCGAUACUCUGUUAUGAGGGAACAAGUGGAAGCAAACAAAAUAGAGGGCGUAGACGACGUUGACACCAGCUACAUGGAGACAGAAAAAACGCAGUUCAAUGAUGAUUCUGAUCAAGAUCUCUUGGAAUAAAAUGUUUCCACAGGAAAGGCUUUCGUGAUGGCUGGGGAUUCCUGUCGCUCCAACAUGCUCAUUUUGACACCUGCUUCUUACUCGUCGCUGCCCUCAGGUGGAUGGAUGACCCAACAGCAAGCUGUGCUGAUGCAUUUGAUGCUUGUAUUAGUUUUGGCUCCUUAAAAAUAGUGGGAAAUGGUGUUAGGACAGAGAAAAGCCUUUUGGACUUUGGGUCCUAUCAGGAUAUUUAAAGGAGCAACAGAAAGCAUAACAGAAGCAGCAUUUUACGCCCAGAGCUGCUGCCCGCUGCCAUUUUAGUACUUUGUAAAUGUAAAACCUGCCGGAUACAUCUCUAUUGCAUAUGGAGAGCCGUUUGAAUAAGCAUUUAUAAAAUUUGUCAACAACAGAUUUUUAAAGACUACUCACUUUUCUGGAGCUUCUUAAUUUUUUUUAAAUGAGCAGUUCCUACUUUAUCUGAAACAACUGUGAGCAGUAUUGUUUCAUUUUGUUCCUGACUUGUGGCUAUGUUUGACUUUAGACAUGUUUGUAUUUUUACUAAAGGGACGUUGAUUGAAAACUGUUUGUCUACCCGCAGUUUACAUGAGCUCCAGUGACUUUUAAAUUCGAAACUAUAUGAACGCUUUAUAAAAUAUGCUUAGCGUUUUGUUUCUACUAAAUAAAAAACUUGGCUAAGCAAAUGAUGUUGACAUUGUUUAAAACUAGCAGCCACGAGACCUGAUUUUAUUUUAUUUAUGUUACCAAUUUUACAUUUACAGUAAACCACAACUUUUGUGGUCAUAAAAGCUUUCUGGGAGGAUUUUAACAAUUCCUUUCAACUAAAAAUUUGAACAUUAUCACAGACAGCCCUCAAGUUUUUUUCUAUAAACAUGUAAUCAUGUGUAAUUCUGUAGUAAUUUCCACUUUUCUUUGAAUGUCUCUGUAAUAGUACGUUUGCGUGCUUUUGAAAAGUGUCAAUCGCCUAUUGAUAGUUAACACUAUUAGAACUUCCAAAUUUAAAAAAAACAUACAUCCAGAUUUAGCCCAUUAGGUGAGAUGCAAGUCCUGUAAAAGCUGUUAUUGAAGCCUCCUUGUUUAACAUGUUAAACCUGAAUGUGCUGAGACUUUGUCUGCAAUAUCUGUCUCUGUUUCAUAAAAUCAAGAUCAAAGGAUUGAAAAAGAUGCCUUUAAAAAUGUGACAUAGAUAAUAGCACAAUUAUUUCUUCACCAGCUGUUUUUAAACACAGCAAUAUUUAAGGUUUUAAAAUAAAUGUAUUUUAUUGCUUUAGCAUAAUUUCAGACUGAAAAUUAUAGUUAAAAAAGUCUCCUCUAUGUUUAUUUGCCCGAGAAAAAAAAAUAGUGUUAAGAAAAUAUUUUUAGCCAAGUCACCUGGGCAAAAAAAAUUACUUCACUUUUGAAGAUGAUCAGAGUUUCUAGGAACUCCAUUAGACUUUCUGUUUCCCUAGGGCAUAAAUAUGACAUGACACAAAGACCCAUUUCUCUCAGAUACUCGUCAAAAUGGUAAAGACAAGAGAACAUGUAAAUCUAGGAAGGCGGGUUUUUGUAGAUUUUAUUUAGUGGUUAUAAAACUCAACAUUAGAAAAUUAGCAGUGCCAAAGUUAUUAUCUGCUGUAAUAUUUCCUAUACAUUUAAAUGGAGAAUUUUUACUUACUUUUGUACGUUCAUUAGUGUACCAGGAACUUGUAAUUUGUAAUUCAUGAGUUCUUGUAUCCCCGAGUUGUAAAUGUGAUCAAGCUUGAGCAUCAUCAGUCAGGAAAUAGGGACUUUUCUAAACUUAUUCUUGUCUACAGUCAGACCAAUAAUGACAAACUUUGACCUGGGCACCAGCCUUUUUCUUCUGCUCGCAUCGUGAAAAAUGAAAGACUUGAAUUGUUGCCAAAGCACUUUGAUUGUGAGUUUUUUCAGGUGAAGUUGUAAAGGCUAAACCCGUUAAGUCUAUUUAGCAUUUCAUGGACAUAAAGGUGAUGCUAACUCAAACUUGAACUUGUACUUUUUCCUAAUGAAGUCAAUGCAGGUACUAAAAAAUCAAAAUGUUUUUAGACGCUUUGAUGUUAAAGAUGGCGUCAUCCAAUAUUAAGGUUGUACUUUUUACAGUAAUAAUAACACAGUAGUACUAAUUUUUUUGCUCUCUUUAAUAGAGUAACUGAAUUUUAUGUUUUUUUUUUUUUUUUGUUUUUUUGUUUUACAGUAGAAUAAUGUUUCCCAUAUCUACUUUGUAAGACCUGGAACAUUAGUCAAACACAUGGUUUUAUAGUCAAUGCUUGUAUUCUGUAGCAAAGGAAAGUAACAGUAAAUAAGCUAUAUAGUACUAAGCAGGCCUAAUACUGAGGGAGUUUCUCAAAAACUGUUGGGUUUCUGCAAGCAAAUUUAAAUACCCGCUACGUCCUAAUUUACACAACCGUCAGUGAGAGUAAAGCAAGCUAUUUACUGGAUUAAAUAACUUUUUUUUUGCACUGUGUCUUCAGAUCUGUGAAAGUUUUGAAAUGAUUGUACAGCUACAUUCGGUCAAUGUUUCUGACCGAGAGGUGUGACCUGUUUCCCAUCUUGAUUUCCUUACCGCUGGGAUGGUUAGAGGUCUCUAGGUUGAACUGAUCGGUGGUACAGAUGUUUUGUAACAUUUUUUUGCAUUUAUGGAUUAAAAGAAGAAAAAAUCUUUCAUAUGUGAAUGCUUGUGUUGCUUAAUAAUGCAUUGUGUAGCGUAUUUUCUUUAACAAAGAUAUAAAGACUUAUGAAAUAUA